AUGAGUAGAAAUAAUUUAUUCAAAAGUUUAUUUUAUUCUAUGAAUUAUUCACAAGAGCUCGAAACUCUUCGAAGAGAACACUUAGCAGCAGUGGAUGAUUUUGAUUUUAAGCUUGCUCAAGAUCUCAGUAUUAGAAUUAAAAAGUUAGAGCAGGGUUUGAAAAAAUCAAGUUCUAAAUCAAAUAUAGAAUUUCUCGAAACCUCGAGAAAAAUCCGCUCGCUAGCCGAUUACGAAACUCAUCAGUAUGAAACCGAUCGUCUUGAGAUCGAAGAUAGAUAUAACGAACGCAUUAAUCAUCUUCUUGACCAGCAACGUCAACAACUCAUUGAUCUUGAAAAUUCUUAUCAGUUAAAUAAGCAGAGGGAACUUAAUCGACCUGUAUACGAAGUUGAAUUAAAAAAGAAUCAAUCUAAAAAAUUCGGAAUUAAUCAUGAUUACUACAUGGCUAAUGCUUUAUAUCAAGAAGCAUCCAGAAUUGAAAAGAAUUACCGCGAUAAAAGACUCAACGAUUGCUAUGAAUUAUAUAUUCGCCAAAAAAUCAAACUAGAAAAGAAGCACAAAAAGGAAAUUUCUUUUUUGGAAGAAAAACGAAAGCUGGAACUUCAAGAACUCGAACAAAAUCAUGAACGUGAACAAAACCGAUUCGAAAACUCUCAGAUUGUUGCAAAAGUUAGGUCUAGUCUUUAUACUAGGGAGUUUCCAAAGGUAACUAGAUAUAUGAAACCUUCCAAGCGAUCAAUUUCUUCCCUAACAAUGUAG